GUAUGUGCAGAUCAUCAUGGGGAUGCUACUGCCCACUGCUCUCGCUGCUAGGCUGCUGAGCCUGUUCCAGCAGCAGCUGGGCUCCCUCUGGAGUGGCCUGGCCAUCCUAUUCUGCUGGCUGAGAAUAGCACUGGGAUGGGUAGGUUCUGGAAGGGGACAGUCUCAGCCACAGGUCCCAGCUGAGUCCAAGGAGACCCAGGAAGAACCAGACAGUUCUCAGCCCAUGACACCUGUUAGCGUCAACUACCACUUCACUCGUCAGUGCAACUACAAAUGUGGCUUCUGCUUCCACACAGCCAAGACAUCCUUCGUGCUGCCCCUGGAAGAGGCCAAGCGAGGACUGUUUCUGCUCAAGCAGGCUGGUAUGGAGAAGAUCAACUUUUCAGGAGGAGAACCCUUCCUGCAGGACAGGGGUGAAUACGUGGGCAAGCUUGUAAAGUUCUGCAAGGAGGACCUGGCCCUGCCCUCCGUGAGCAUCGUGAGCAAUGGCAGCCUCAUCCGUGAGAGGUGGUUCAAGGACUAUGGUGACUAUUUGGACAUUCUUGCUAUCUCCUGUGACAGCUUCAACGAGGAAGUCAAUGUUCUCAUUGGUCGAGGUCAAGGGAAAAAGAACCAUGUGGAAAACCUCCAAAAGCUGAGGAAGUGGUGCAGAGACUACAAGGUGGCUUUCAAGAUCAAUUCUGUCAUUAAUCGCUUCAACGUGGAUGAAGACAUGAAUGAACACAUCAAGGCUCUGAACCCUGUCCGCUGGAAGGUCUUCCAGUGCCUCCUAAUUGAGGGUGAAAACUCUGGAGAAGAUGCCCUGAGGGAAGCAGAAAGAUUUCUUAUAAGCAAUGAAGAAUUUGAAGCAUUCCUAGAACGUCACAAAGAGGUGUCCUGUUUGGUGCCCGAAUCUAACCAGAAGAUGAAAGACUCCUACCUUAUUCUGGAUGAAUAUAUGCGCUUUCUGAACUGUACUGGUGGCCGGAAGGACCCCUCAAGGUCCAUCCUGGAUGUUGGGGUGGAAGAAGCAAUAAAAUUCAGUGGAUUUGAUGAAAAGAUGUUCUUGAAGCGUGGGGGGAAGUACGUAUGGAGCAAAGCUGACCUGAAAUUGGAUUGGUGAACUUGAGACUAGGAGACUCUGAGCAGCAUCUGGGAGGUCCAUGUGCAGCUGUUCUCCACCACCCAAGGUUCCUGGUCUUUCUCCAGUUAUGAAAACCUGAUUCCCUGUUUCACAUCCUCUGGCCGUCUGUGGAUUAUCUUUGCUGAGAAUGAAGACUGUUUGUUUGUUUGUUCCAGUUUGACUUAACUAAGAAAGGGGUAAAAACCACACAAUGACAGCUUGUAAAGCAGAUAAUCUGCCUGCAUGCAGAGACAGAGUUUGGUUCACAGAGAAGCAAGGUGCAGAGGUCCUAAAGACCAAUGUUUUUCAUUUGUAUUUGAAUUUUUAAGGAAUUUUACUGUGAAUCCCUCAUUUCCUUUUCCCCCCACUUGAGAGCGUGAGUUAUUUUCUGCUAAAUAUGCCAGUUUUGUCGCCAGGAAACAUCACAAAACAUGUCCUCCAAUUACUAUUCUAAUGCUUCUCUGCUUUGGAACGUUGGACUUUUGACUCGGAAGUAUAGGAAGAAUCAAGACACAUCCAAAGGGCCACAGAUGAGACCUCUUAAUCAUGGGCCAAGAGCUCGUGGAAGGAACUAUUCCAGAAUCUGAUGGUGCUGCAUGAAAGAUGGCUGUUUCACACUGUGCCAGCUCCUCCAGGAUUCCUUACAAAACCGAGAUACACUUUGCCUUUUACCACAUGGGCAUGGGGGUGGCACUUGUGCAGCUGUCCCCUCCUGGUAUUGAGGCUGCCCGAGUCUGUCACAAUAAAACAAGAGUUUGAGUAGGA